CGGUGGGAGGCCUUUGGUCUUAGUUCAGCUGACCGAAGCUAAGGGCUAAUUGAGGGUCUUAGUGAGCAUAGACGUUCCAAGCCCCCAAAUGCGGUCACUCUUGUCGCAAGAGCGUACCUUGAUACUGACGCCUAAAGCUAUCGAGACAGAUGACUUGGUCACACUAGGCCAGCUUGUAACCGUUCCCGGCACAAAGUCUUCAGGACAAGAUGCCUCAGCUUCGUUUCCCCAUCUACUAGUUUUUCCGGGAUUUAUUACCCAUGCCAAAGAGGUAAACGUUGUCACGAGACAUAUGCCGCCAGGGACCAAGGUCAGCAACAGACAAGUGCAUUAGCUGACUGGGCGACGACUUUGGGAAUUCCGUUCCGUCAAAAUGCUUUGAGACUGAGGGAAUUUCCAAGAGGAACGAUCCUUUGAUUCUCUACUUCGCCUUGGCGCUGAGACCGAGUAACCUCAGGGUUGCAAACGGUAAAUCGUCAAUCACUCAUGAUUAUGCUCGCGCCCUGCUUGUGGCACAUCACCGUCGUACGGUUACCUGGACGUAUAAGAAUACACACAACCCAUGGCUAUCCUUUACAGUGUCAUCUGCUCCUUCAGCUUCAGCCCCUUCUGCGCAUCGACUUCAUAAUACUCCCAAGCUUUACCACCGAGUUUCUCCUAAAACCCCCCCAUUCAAAAUGGUCAUUACACUAAGCCAAGCCUCUGCGGGGUUGAGAGAUCUCAAAUCCAGGGUGAGCGCCGAGGCGGUUCACGUUUCCGAACUCUCUGAUGACGACGUUUAUGAGUCUGAGCAGGCUAAGAAGGAGUCGCUGGAAACAAUCCAACUUGUUCAAAAUAUGAUUCGGCAAUCCCUGGAGGAGCAUGAGGAUGCCAAGAAGAGAGUUCCGAAGCAGGACAGCCAAGCUCUCGACUUCGCAGGAGUCCAAGAUCCCAACCAGAGCUUCCAGGACGCCACUCAGAACAACCUGAGGAAUGUUGCCCAAGUCGCAGGUACGAUGUCCGGCUCUAUCCAGGACAUUAUGAGUAACUUCAAUUCGAUUUUGGGUCUUGCUGGCAUCGAGCAAUUCUCCGCUACGUUGGAGUCCGUUCCGGCAGUUGGUAUCCUCGACAACACGGUCCAGUACAUGGCCGUGACUCUUGAUCCUGCCACAUCGCAGACCCAGCCGGCAUGGUCGCUCCUGGACACUUUACCGGCAAGCCCCUCCGGCACAGACACGGCGGCCCUGUUUUCGUACAAUGGAAUAUUCUUUGUCGCCGUCGGUCCCAACGUGUGGCAGAAGACCCCUAAGCCCCCCGGCGACCCAUCCCUGGCCAUGGCAGCCGUCGACAACUGGUCGCAGAUGUUCUACCCCGGAUGGCAACCACUAGGCUCUUGUCUGCCCGUUGGAGACUCCCUGUGCCUUGCCCCUUACAACAAUGUCGCCCCAGACGGGACCACGACGUACUCGGCACUGAUCAAGCUUGCCUCUGAUGGCACUUUAAGCUGGGCACAAGGCGCAAUCGCGGCGAACAUGAACUUCCAGCCUCUGCUGCCCGUGGGCAACAUCCCAAUGCCAGCCCUCCUCAAGAUUGCCUAUUGGAAUGGUUCUCUUUGGGGACAUGACGCUGCCAAUGUGAUCCACGAGAUCAAGCCGGCCCUGGCUGGUUCGGGAUCUCUGACUGGCUAUACUGUCGGGCAGACAUUCCAGUCCCCGAAGCAGAUCAAAGACUUUACAGCCGUGGACACGGGGAUUAUCAUACUUGCCGACGAUGGCUUUCUGUACGAGUUAAUCAUCAACCCACCUAAAGACAACGCAUCGCCCCCAACCGUCACCUGGAACCAAUCGAUUGCCCAAGGUGGUGUCACCAACCUGAGCGCCGCGUCCCCGGGUGUUAUCCUUAAUCUGCGAAACCUCACCACGUACCUCAAGUCACAGUACGUUACUACGCAAACCAAUCUCUUCCCGUACAUCAACCAGAUUCAAGGUUUCUGCGCCAGCCACAAGGUGUACCUGAGCAACCUUCUCCAGGCGGCCCGAGAUUGGGCGAAUGCGACCACUCCCGCAGACAAAGAACAGAUUGCCAAUGGCGAGGGCCAGGUCGCCAUCCAGCAUGCACAGGUCAUGGGGAAGAUGCUUUCGACUAGUCUGCAGGCCGCGAACCAGAUGGUCGUGGAUAUGACGCGUCAGACCUCCCAAAUCAACAACUCGAUCGCGAACCAACUCGCGAAUAUUGGACAGCAAAUCACGGACUUGCAGGCAACACUGAGCGCCCUUGAGACCCAGGAGAAAGCCUUGACGGCAGGCAUUUGGGCGGCAGUUGGCGCCUUCAUCGUCGGUCUCGGAAUGGUCAUUGCGGGCUUCUUCUUCCCGCCUUUGGCUCCCGGGCUGUGGUUGCUCGGCGGUAUCCUCGUCGUCGGCAGUGUAGUUGCAAUUGGUGUUCUAGCAUCCGAAAGAGGCAAGUGCCAGGCCGCGAUUGCGGCCACGUCGACAUCCAUCCAGGCGUUAACACAGUCAAAGAGCCUGCUCGUCACCAUUUCCGGCAGCUUCACCAACCUCGCUCAGAACUACGGCACCCUCAACGCAUUCUGGACCUCGAUGUUAAGUAUCAGCGGCGCUAUCACGAGUCUUGAGAACCUCGGCACGUUUCUGUUACAGGACCAAUCUUCUAUUGAGGCAGCCCAGCAGUCCAAUCAGGAGAUUAUUGACUCCCUCAACAACUACAUCCAGGUACUAGGAUCUCAGGGCAUCGUCCCGCCUACCAUCACGCCAGGCCCACCUCUGCAGAAGCAUCUUUCGAGCCUAGACGUCCCCAAGGUGGUUAACCAAGUCGCAUCCUCCUAUCCAAACAAGGACUUGCGCAAGUCCAUGCAGCUUAGUCUUGUGGCAUCCCUGCUCCAGUCUGCCUCAACCCAGCUUUCUACUAAAGAUACCCAAGGGUAUUUCGCAACUAUACAAAUGGCUGCUUCUCUCAACGCCGUUACCCAUAGCUUAGUUUUGCUUUAAAUUACAAGACUAUCAAGUCAUUAUUUUAAAUUAUUAAAAGCCCAGACUAUUUUAUAAUAAUAAGACCCGCGCUACUUACUUAGAUAUUUAUUAUUAUAAUAUCUCAAAAUACGGC